AUGUCUUCCACUCCUCCUCCUUUCAACUUGCCAACAUGGAAGGUCAUCGUCGGCCUAUCCCUGUCAUUCACCUUUCUGAUGUUGAUCGAGAAGCUGUUCAGCCUCAAUCACAAGAAGCCCAAGAAGGAGGAGGACCACCCUCUCAUCCACUACCCCGGGUUUUCACCCGUUCUUGGGACUGGGGAGACACAGACAACUCUUCUUCGUGCGUGGGUUGAGAUACAUGGGCAUGUUGCAAAGGCCCAGGCCGCAAAUCAGGCCGCCACUCAAGCCGCAAGAGUACUCGAACAGUCGAUCGAGAAGACCCCGUAUGAGAAGGUGUACGAGAAGAUCGGCAUCACCAGGGGUGGCCAACAUAACACCCAUCACGGCAACCUACACUCAGUGCACUGA